UGCCAUCUUACCCUUAAAACAAUCCUUUGGAACAAUUGAAGAGAAUUCACGUUCUUAAAUAUCUGGAUAUGUCCUAUACCCAAGGUUUACCUUGGAUGAAGAGGCUUAAGUAACAUCAUCAUUUUUUCUAAUGUAUUUGUAAAUCCAAUUCUUAUAAUAAAUUAUAAUCAACUACAUUUAUAAAUUUUGAGAAGCAAAUAAUGAUCUGAGAAAAAGUUGGAUUGUUUAACAAUAACACAAAUCCUGAAGGAAUAAUCAUUGCUCGUACAAGUAAUAUUCAAGAAAUCUAUUGGAAUAGUGGCAAUAUUGAUUAUGAUGGUAAAGGAGAAAAUUAAUGUAGGCUGCUUUGUUUGAUUUUUUAAAUGCAUAGUUUUUUGCUCCAGCAUUUGAAUAUCUAUGUCCUCAUAAAAUCUCUUAUUUUUACAUGCUGAUUGGGUAGGUUUCAAAUGUCAGUGAUGAGAAACCACACACCAAUAACAACUUUUAUCCUGCUGGGGCUAACAGAUGAUGCCCAACUACAAAUUCUGCUUUUCAUCUUUCUGUUUCUCACCUACAUAUUGAGUGUAACAGGGAACAUGACCAUUAUCACCCUCACACUUUUGGACUCCCAUCUUAAAACCCCUAUGUAUUUUUUCCUCAGAAAUUUUUCCUUCUUAGAAGUCUCAUUUACCACAGUCUGUAUUCCUAGAUUCCUGUACAGUAUAUCAACUGGGGAUAAAACCAUUAGCUAUAAUGCUUGUGCAAGUCAAAUAUUUUUUGUUAUUUUAUUUGGAGCAACCGAGUUUUUUCUCCUGGCAGCCAUGUCCUACGACCGCUAUGUGGCCAUCUGUAAACCCCUGCAUUACAUGUCCAUCAUGAACAGUCGGGUAUGUACCUUAUUAGUUGUCUGCUGUUGGGUAUCUGGUUUGAUGAUCAUUCUCCCACCCCUUAGCCUGGGCCUCCAGCUUGAAUUCUGUGAUUCCAAUGCCAUUGAUCAUUUUAGCUGUGAUGCAGGUCCCCUCCUAAAGAUCUCCUGCUCAGAUACAUGGGUAAUAGAACAAGUAGUUAUCCUCGUGGCUAUAUUUGCACUCAUUAUCACCCUAGUGUGUGUAUUUCUGUCCUAUACAUAUAUUAUGAGGACAAUUUUGAGAUUCCCUUCUGUCCAACAAAGAAAAAAGGCCUUUUCUACAUGCUCUUCCCACAUGAUCGUGGUUUCCAUCACCUAUGGCAGCUGCAUUUUCAUCUAUAUCAAGCCCUCAGCAAAGGAUGAGGUGGCCAUAAAUAAAGGUGUUGCGAUGCUCACUACUUCUGUUGCACCCUUGUUGAACCCCUUCAUUUACACUCUGAGGAAUAAACAAGUGAAACAAGCUUUUACUGACUCCAUAAAGAGGAUAAAAUUUCUCUCAAAGAAACUGAAGUUUUGAUUAAUCAGGGUACAAUAAGAAAGAUUCUAAAUACUUAACACCACAUUCUAACUUAUUUCAUUGCUUUGUCCCUAUAAUUUACUAACUUUCUCAAAGACAUUAAUAUUGCAUUCUAAUCUCACCUUAAUCAGACUCCUUCCUAUUCUUUCAAGCCAAACAUACAUCAUGUUUGUCCUCAUUGUAAACAUAAAAUGUAUUUCCAAGUAAUUAAACUUGCCUCCAUUUCUGACUUAGUAUUUUCAUCAGUACUCUGGAAAGGAAAGUAAUGAUAUUUAAAAGUACAUAAAUUAUAUAGAAGAUACUAUCAUGUAGUAAUAGUACUACUUUCUCCCUUCAAGGCAAAGUUAUCCAUAUUACUAUCAUAAACCUAAGAAUCAAAUAAGAAAACAGCAACAUCAAAGAUGUAUUAAAAUAAAUGAAACCAACUAAGGCGUUCCAGGCUAAUUAAAAUAAUGAAAACAACAAGAGAUAUGAGUGAGAGUUUGGGAAUAACAAGAAAUAAAGAA